AUGAAUAAAACAUUUACAAAAUUAGCAUUUAGCAAACAUUCAAAUCCGUAUUCUUCCUCUGGUCAACUAAAGUAUUCAUCUUCAUUAACUAUGCUUAAACAACAACAAUCACAAACUAAAGAGUCUAACGGAGUAUCAACUAAUUCAUGCCUUUAUUGUGUUACAAAAACUGCACAUCCAAGAUUAGGACGAGGUGAAACUUAUAUUUGCGGUUAUAAACCAUAUCGUUGUGAAAUAUGUAAUUAUUCUACUACAACAAAAGGAAAUUUAGCGAUACAUCAACAAUCGGAUAAACAUCUAAAUAAUCUUCAGGAGCACGAACAAACAAUGUCUCAAACAAUAUUCAAUACAGCUGAUACAAGAAGUAAUCAUAGUGAAAGUCCUGAUUGCACUCGCCAUCAACAAAAUAAUCUGCAUCAAAAUCUUGCCCAUCUAAAUUCAGCCAGUAAAAAAUCAAAUUCAUCAUGUGAUUUGAACAUUUUAACUGCACAAUCAUUGUCUGAAAGACGAACAGUAUCAUCGUUGCAACAAAAUAUGAAACUAAAUCAAAAAACUGUUGAAUUUCUUCAGCAAAAAAAUGAGAAUGAAAAAGUCAUAGAUAAUAUAAAUAUAAAUAAAGCCAUUACAAAUUUUCAUGAACUAGGUUUAACGAAUGGUGAAGAUAGAAUGCAUCAACCUAGCUAUUCUUCAUAUUCAUCUUCUGUUAUUGAUUCGUCCUCUUUUUGUUAUGAUCAUCCAUUGAAAACAUUCAUACCUCUAACAUCAUCUCAUGAUAAUCUACUAUGUAAUCUUACUGAAACAGCAAAUCAUCCAUUAGCAUGCCAAGUAUGUUGUACAUUUACAACGGAUAAUUUAGAUGUCUUGAUUGAACAUGUCGAACGGAAUCGUGUACCGUUUGAUUUAGACUAUGUUACGAAUUUAAUAACUUUACAUACAAAUGGUUUUUGGUUCUGUAAACUAUGCUCUUAUAAAAGUCCUUUAAAAGCUAAUUUCCAAUUACAUUGUAAAACAGAAAAACAUGCGCAAAGAUUAAGUUUUCUUGUACAUGUUUGCGAAGGUGGUUUAUGGAACCAGUCACGCAUUCUGUCAACUUUAAAUAUUUGUGAAAAUAAAAUAUUAGAUGUCAGUAACAGCAAUAAUAUACAAUGUUCAAUUACAAAAGGACCGAAUUAUAAUAUAUCAUCAUUGAAUAUAACGACUAAUCUUACUACUCAUAAUAAUAACAGUAGUAAUGUAGGUAACAAUAGCAGUAAUUGCAAUAAUGUCAAAAACAAUUUCAAUUUAACAUCAUCAAUACAGUUGUACUGUAUAGCCUGUGAUUUAUUUACAACUUCAGUGCAUAAAUUCCGAUUACAUUGUCAAACACUUAGUCACAUUGGAGCUGUGAAGAUAUUUACACAUUUAGUCAAUCGACGCAAUUAUCUAUGGAAUACCUUAGCUUCUUUAAGUUUGUUCUAUGUUGAUUUUUUGAAGUCUCUUAUAGAUGAAAAUGAUAAUGCUGACGAGACCAAUAAUACACAUACAGACUCUUCCCUAAACAGUAUGAAUAAUUUGAAAUAUCAAACAAAGCUCAAUAAGAUUUUAUUACAAUUAUCGUCAAUCCUUACAAACUUACAAGUUGUUUAUGUAUGUCAUAAAAAUUAUUUACCGUUCAUACCAUCAUUGACAAAUUGUUCAUCCCCUUCAUCUAGUAGUCCCAAUAUUAAUUUAAUGUCAUCUGACAAAUCAUCUCAACAAUCUAUCACUCGUUUUAAGUCACUAACAAGUGCAUUAAAUCAUUGGCAUGUUACUGAACACCAAAGAUCAAUCGCCAAACAACAAUUAUUUACAGACCAUGAAAAUGUAUCCCAAUAUAAUCAAAUUAAUGAUUCUAAUUAUUAUUCAAAUGAAAUAUUUGAUAUACAUUGGCAAUUAAAUGAUAUUGAAGGGAAUAUUGAAGAAUUACCAACAAUAAUUAUUAAAAUCUUAAUACCAAUUAUUAAUGAAUCAAUAAAUAAACAAUCAAUGAAUUCUAAUGAAUAUAAUACACUAAUCAAUAAUUCUAUUAUUAAUGAUAUUGAAUUAAUAAAUUCAAGACAAAUGUCUAAUUAUAAUAUAAAGAAUACAAUGAAUAAUAUGAAAGAGAAUGAAGAAAAUCAUUGUAAUAAUGAAUUAAUAUAUGAUAAGAUGAAAAUAAUUGAUUUAUCUUAUGAACAAGAUUCAAAUAAUAAAACUGAUCAACAAUAUGAAAUGAUUGUUAAUAAUAAUGAACAAAUAAAUAAUAAGAAAUUUAAAUUAUUAUCUGAAUAUAUUGGUCAUUCAGAUAGAAAACUUAUUUCAUCAUUUCAUCAAAUUCCAACUACAAACAUUUCUGAAGACAACCAUCUACCUACAUUUUCUGCCACUGGUUCUAACAACAUUGGUGAAAUCAAUAUCCCAUUCUCACCCACCGGAGGAAGUGGUGAGCAAGCAACUGAGACUGAAGCUAUACGGUGUCAUAGUCAAAUUAAUAGCUCAGCAGUUGAUCAAAACUUUACAGAAGAUUUAACAAAUGCUACGAAGUAUAAAUUACAACCAUGUAAUGAAUUAAAUAGAACAGUUAUUUCAAUCAAAUCUCUUACUAAUGAUUGGCCGACUAGACCAAAUUCGGAACCAAUUUUAAAAUUAACCAAUCAUAAUUCUCUUGAAUUUGAAAUCGAUUCGAGUAAGAUAAAUAUUUACAAAGCGAAAACCUAUCAAAAUCUAUCUGAUUCAACAGUUAUUAAUCAAGAAUAUAAAAAUAUUAUGACAGCUAAUGCAUUUUUAUCAUCUAAUUGUACAGUUGAAGAUAAUGUAUCUGCUAGCCGUUUAUUUUUACCCAAAGAAUUACAUAUAUCAGAUGAAUGGAGAAAAUCUGAACAACGUUUGACCGCUUCAAAUACAUCAAAUAUGUCAUCACCUAUACAUAAUUUUAAUAUAUGUGGUACAUCAGUAACACCUAUGGAAUUAUUUGCACAAAUGACAGCUCAUUAUAAACAAAUCUCUGAAAAUUAUAACUACGCACAAUCAAUGGAAUUAUUUUUAACCAAUCCAUCAGUAAUAACACAACUCGCUUCAGUGAAUAUGAGUAAAAUUACCGAACCAGUAUCGACAUCAACUUUAAUAUCACAACCACCCCCCUCUUCUCCUUCUUCUUCUUCUUCUGCAUUUACACUUACACCUUUAACAGCUAUUUCUAAACCAUCAAACUUACCGCCAAAACAAAUCGAUGAUAUUGAUUUACCAACUAAUCACAACCGAAUGUCAACCAAUGAUUUUUUCCAUGAGUUUAAUAUGUUGCCUAAUUUACAUAGUUUAUUAAAACAAUCAUUUGAAUUAAUAAGUUGUGACAGUUUUUCAAAUAUACAAAAUGAUAAAUAUUGUUCAGAGGAGUUGUUAGCGUUUACUUUAGAGGUAAUUGUAAAUGAUAAAGUAUAUUAUGGUAAUAUUUAUGAAAAAUUAAAUAAUCAUUGGUUUAAAUUAGAGUAUAUACGUGAAUUACAAAUGAAAAAAGGCAAGUUGUGCACAUAUUGUUGUAAUGAUAACUAUGAUAAUAAUAAUGAUGACGAUGAUGAUAACGUUAGCAACGAAAAGAGUAAUGAUGAUGAAAGAAACAGAAAAUAUCAAAAUAAAUCGCAUCGUUUUCUAUUAGAAUCCAGUUCAGAAUUACACAUAAAACUACAACAUUCUAAACAGAUUUCUAAUAAUAAUAAUAAUGAUAAUCCUUUAACUAUUAUUUUAUCUAAUUCAUCUGUAAAUGAAUUAGUUGAAAAGUUAAAUUUGCUUAUUUCUAAUUCUGCAUUCUCAGAUUUAUUUCAUUCAAGCUUAGAAAAUCAUUGUAAAUUACAACCAUCUGUUAAAUCGAGUUCUCCAAAUCUAUUAUCGAUGCAUUUAAAACAUAUACAAUCAGAUAGUUUUCAAAAUAUGCCAAAAUCUGUAUUACAAACAAAUGAAAUUGAAUUCAAUGAUACUAAUACUUCUGCAUCAUUAAUAGUAGAACAAAAUUUCUCAGCAAAAAAUCUUGUCACUGACAACAAUACUACUAAAAAUGAUAUAAGUAAUAUAUGUGAUUCCAAUACUCCAUUAUCAUUAUCAGUGAUUACUUCUGAUCAAUCCAAUUUACUUAAUAAAGAUAUAAAAGAUUCAACAGUAAAUAGUCCAUUUGAAACGAUAACAAACAAUAUUUGUUCAAAUAAUUCUAACUUAUUAUUAAACUAUACUUUAACUAAUAAAAAUGAUCCUAAUGAGAAUAAUGAUAAUAAUCAAAUUGAUAAAGAUAAUAAAAUGAAUAAAACAUUCACUGAAUCUUAUUUCAGUUCUAUAAAAGAUUACAGUAUUAAUAAUUCUACAAAUCUUUUACCUAAAUUAUAUUCAACUACUCAACAUGAAAGAACUAAAUUCAUUGAACCAUAUGAACAACAAAUCACAUCAUCAUCAUCAUUAUCAUUAUCAUCAUUACAAAAACGAAGUCGUACACGUUUAAGUGAAUCACAAUUAAAUAUAUUACGUUCAUAUUUUGAUAUUAAUAAUUCACCAUCAGAUGAAAAAAUUUAUGAAAUUUGUAAUAAAACUGGUUUACAAGAGAAAGUUGUUAAACAUUGGUUUCGUAAUACAUUAUUUAAAGAAAGACAAAAAAAUAAAGAUAAUCCAUAUAAUUUUUCAAUACCACCAAGUACUAGUUUAAAUAUAGAAGAAUAUGAAAAAACUGGUCGAAUUGAAGUACAUUCAACACAUUCAAUGAAACAACAUCAUAAAUUAUAUCAUUUAAACAUUGAACAAAUUGAUAAACAAAAUAAUAAUAAUUUACAAUUUGAAACGACUUCACAAGAUUUAACUAAUUCAUCUAAUAUUAAUAAUGAUAUUGAAAAUGAAAAUAUAAACAUUAUUGAAUCAUUGAAUUCUCCAACAAAAUCUUUAACUUCAACAAUUAAAAGAUCUUGUGAAAUGGAAUCAUUGAAAAAUAUUGAUCAAAUGAAAUGGAUCAAUCAAAAUAAACGUCAACGACUACAGAAAGAUAUUCAAGAUGGUAGUAUGAACGAUGAAAGACCUACAUCAAUUGUAUCGAUUGAAGAUUCAGAUGUUAUCUAUAAUUACAAAAGAAACUUACAUUCAACAAUGACAACAACCACAACGACAACUCCAUCAACUGAAAAUACCGAUGGUGAUGUUCAUUCAUUUGUAUUAGCUGAUAAUUCAAAUAAUUCGCAUGAAUCACCGCCAUCAAUUACAUCGGGAAGUUCUCCAUCUAUUUCUGAAACUCCAUUAUCACCAAGAUUACCCAUGAUACCAGAGUUAGAUAAUCCUCAAAGUGUUCUUGCUGCACUUAUUCAUCUUGGUCAUCAUAAUCGUAUUCAACAACAAUCAAAAUCCGAAAGUGAACAAAAAUCAAUAAAUCUGUGGGAGUUUCCUUACUUCUCAUCAACAUCGUUAUCAUCUUCUAUUCGUGGAUUUUCAAAUGGUACUGAAGUGUAUACAGAUCCAAACAAACUACAUUGUCAACUAACAGCACUUAUGAAUGCAUCAUUAAACAGAACUAUGCCACAUUUUCAGACCUCACCAGAUUCAAAUGAAGCUCCAUUGGAUUUAAGCGCUAAAACAACUCCGUCAGUUAUCGUAAAUUCUACUGGUGAUAAUAACUGUCAAAAUAGUUCAUCUUUUAUUCUUGAACAAAAUGCACAGAUAAUGGAUAAUGAAGAUAAUAAUGACUUUACAGUUAAUAAUCAAGAUCAAUUUCUUUCUGUCCCAUCUUUAAUUCAAACAGAACAUGUUUCUGGCGUUUAUCGUUCAACAAGUACAACCUCUAGUACAAAUGGUGGACGUAGAAAUAGAACUAGUAUUACAGCACUUCAAUCUAGAUGUAUGCAUUCGAUAUAUAAUUAUCAUAAAACUCCAUCAGUACAUGAAUGUGAUCGAUUAGGUGAAAUGAUUGGUUUGUCACGACGUGUUGUUCAAGUAUGGUUUCAAAAUCAACGUGCAAAAGAAAAGAAAAUGGCACGUGUUUCAUCAGGACAAUAUAAUUUUUCAGUAAAUUCAUCUUUAUUAACUGAAAAAUCAUCACCAAUAGAUUCUUUUUCUUGUAUAGAUUCAAAUUAUUGUCAAAUAUGUUCAAUAUCUAUUCAGAAAUCAGAAAUAACAAAUAAUUCCAUGCUAACUAAUCAACAAGCAACAAAUGCUUGUAAUCAGUCAACAAAUUUUACAUCACAUGCAUCAUUUGUAGAUCAUCUUUUCUCAGCGGUUCAUUUGAAAAAGUUAUUACGCUGGUGUACAAUGGAUACUACUUAAUUAAAUUGUAUAGCCAUAAUUAUUGUAUUGUAUAUUUCUUCACACAUCGAUUUACAUUUCAUAAUCCUUUCAAACGUUGUCAUAUAAUGACUGUUAAUUCUCCUUUCUUAAUUUUACUUCCUCUUCGUUAUUUUGAUGAUGCAUAGGAAAAUGAACAUAAAUUACCUUAAAUUGAUUAGUAAAAAUGGGUUGAGAAACCCAUAAUCCACUUUUUUCCCCCAUUCUACCCAUUGUUUUUCUUUAUACUGAUUUCUAUUUCAUUGUUCUAUCAAAUUUUACUUUACCCUGCUGUGUCUAUUAUUUCGAGAAAAAGAUUCAUUCUUUUUCAAAUAAUACCAAAUAGUUAAAGUUGUUGCAGUAAAACCAUUUAUCAGGAAAGUUUCUUUUAGCAACAAAUCACACAUUAACAACAACAUUAACAAUGAUACUACUACUACUACUACUACUACUACUACUACUACUACUACUACUACUACUACUACUACUACUACUACUACUACUACUACUA